GCUCACUAUAUGCCUGGUGUGGUGUUGGUGUGAUCAGCUUCGCAGUCUGGAAAGCUUUAGGAGUUCACACUCCUGUGGGUUUCGUACCACUUUCCUCUACUCUGUUCCUCCAUCCCUUGAGUGAGCAACAAUGAGGGGAGCUGCAGGUAUUCUGCGGGCCAUCCAAACAGCAAGUGCAGUGGGGGCAAGUUUCUGGGGCCCAGGGAUGGCUCUGCGGCCCUGUGAGGCAAUGCAUAUCCCGCUCAGCGGCCCCUGGCCUUCCGCACCUGUGUCCAAGAUGGCAACCGUGAAGCGUGAGCUUAUGAAGAAUUUCACCUCAGAAGAGCCCGUUUGUCACAGUAAAGUCUCCAUUAUAGGAGCUGGAUCCGUGGGCAUGGCCUGUGCUGUCUGCAUCUUGCUGAAGGGCUUGAUUGAUGAACUUGCCCUUGUGGACGUUAGUGAAGACAAACUGAAGGGCGAGGUAAUGGAUCUUCAACAUGGCAGCCUUUUCGUGAAAAUGCCAAAUAUUGUUUGCAGCAAAGAUUACCGUGUCACUGCCAACUCCAGUCUAGUGAUUAUUACAGCGGGGGCACGGCAGGAAAAAGGAGAAUCACGCCUCAAUUUAGUGCAGCGAAAUGUAGCCAUCUUUAAAUUAAUGAUUGCCACUAUCGUGCAGUACAGCCCCCACUGCAAGCUGAUUGUUGUUUCCAAUCCAGUGGAUAUCUUAACUUAUGUAUCCUGGAAAUUGAGUGCAUUUCCCAAAAACCGUGUUAUAGGAAGUGGUUGUAAUCUGGAUACUGCUCGUUUCCGUUUCUUAAUUGGGCAAAAACUUGGUAUCCACUCGGAAAGCUGUCAUGGCUGGGUCCUUGGAGAGCAUGGAGACUCAAGUGUUCCCAUAUGGAGUGGAGUUAACGUUGCUGGUGUCCCUCUAAAGGAUGUGAACACAGCAAUAGGAACUGAUGAAGAUCCCGAGCAGUGGGAAAAUGUUCACAAAGAAGUGAUUGACAGUGCUUAUGAAAUUAUUAAAAGGAAAGGUUAUACUUCUUGGGCCAUUGGCUUGUCUGUAGCUGAUUUGACAGAAAGUAUUUUGAAGAACCUAAGGAGAACACAUCCAGUUUCCACCAUAAUUAAGGGCUUCUAUGGAAUAGAUAAAGAAGUAUUCCUCAGUGUUCCAUGUAUCCUGGGAGAAAAUGGUAUAACAGACCUUAUAAAGAUAAAGCUCACUCCUGAAGAGGAGGCCCAAUUAAAAAAGAGUGCAGAAACACUUUGGGGAAUUCAGAAGGAGCUUAAGUUUUAAAAUCUGAAGCCAUCAUUCUGAAGUAAUUGAAGAUAAGAUAGUAGAUAUGAGAUUGUACUGUAUAUGCCAACAUUUUGGAAAUUUGAAUUCCUGAAAGUUGAGAGAGUUCUGUAGUUAUUUAAGCCCUCAAUUUUUAAAAUUUAGCAUCCAGAUGCUGAUGGUACUUUUUACAAUUCCUAAGUGACUAAGAAAAUAUCUGGUUCCUCUGAUGUAGCUGUACUUGUGUUAUAAGUAUAUGUAGGUGCCAUCUGGUCUAAAAAUAAGUAGGAUGUUAGUGUGUUCUAAUUUUCAUUAAACAAGUGCUAAUUCUAAGUUGUUACGCUUUUGUUCAUUUAUGUAUCAUUUAAAAAGUUAUAACUUUACAAUGUAGAAAUAAAUGUACACAAAGUUUUUUUGUCAUGGAUCUGUCUUGAGGCUGCCUUCAUUUCCCUGUGUCAAGCUGUCAGCUGAGUCAUUAAAAAGAGGUCACAAAAUGGAGCUGCAGUUGCAUGUAGGGUGUAUACAUACACAUGAUUUCAAAGCAAGAUCAUUCAGGUUAAGAUAUGAAAAUAAUAGUGAGCAGGUAAUAGCUGUUAUGGUUAAUGCAAUAAAGUAGAAAACAUAUUAGAAAGAAGCCUGACAGAGAUGGUACAGUUACUGUCACUGAUUUGGCAGGGAAAGGAAACAUCCCUAAAUUUUGCAGUUGCCAAAAAUAAAGUCUGAUUUAGUAAAAGCAUUUUAGAACUGCCUCUGAGAACUGUUAUGAGAGCUGUUCUGUUACAUCAAGACAUGUUAUAAAUUAUCCUUACUGACCUAGCUCUAGCAGUACUGUGGGCCUUGGCAGGAACCUGCUUCAGGGCCAUCUGUAUUGCUCAGUUUACUUCAUGGUGAUAGAAAACUUUUGAAUUGGGCCCUACUGUUAAUCAUCAUAUGAAUUGGCCCAUUUAAGGCAUAUUUGAGGGAUUGUAUUUUCAGAAAAUUACAGUUUACUUUUACCCCUAAAUUAAUUGACUUCACUAUAGAUUCUGGAAUUUGUAGAUGUGAUCAGUAAGUUUAGGAGAAAGUAAGAUGUGUGUCUUAAAUAAUAGUACAGUAUUAAUGCAGAAAAUGGGAGUGGAUUAUAAAAUGCAUGUUAGCUUUCCUAAAGCCAUUGAAUAUUUAAAUUAAAAAGCAUGUUCUAACACAUCUUUGGAUCCUGCGCAUAUCAACAAGCUGAAAGCAUCUGCUCUGUGAACCAAGCCACUGCUUCUUAGUUGAAUGUUAUCAGAGUUAGGACAGUAACCCUUCCAUUAAAAGGGUCCCUUUACAUGCUGAUGAGAGCUCUUAUACUUCAGUAUUUUAUUGAAGCUAUCUAGGAAUGUUCUGAUUCUCCCAGGAACAGUGUCAUAUGAUGGGACUAACUGGUAUACUGAGUUCUCUGAACAAGGGGAAAAGGGGAUUGUUUUAGUUACUUUUCUCUCAUUGCUGAGACAAAAAUAACUAACACCCAAAGUUAA